AUGGAGAGUAGUAGCUUAUUUUUUAGCAAGAGAAAAAGAAUCACUAUCCAAGAAAAGCUUGACUAUAUUGAGAGAUUUAAAGUCUCAGGCAUGAAAAUUUCAGAAUUUUGCAUCGAGAAUGGGCUUUUUAAGCAGACUUUCAAAAAAUGACUCGUGAAGAAAAUAGAAGAAGGUUUUAAGAAGCAGCGAAAAGAAAGACUCAAAAAGAACUCUAGCAGGUCCUACAGGUCCUAA